AUGGAGGGUCAGGGUGAAAACGACGAGCUCUACCCUAUCGCCGUGCUUAUCGAUGAGUUGAAGCAUGACGACGUCCUCCUCCGUCUCAAUGCCAUUCACCGUCUGUCCACGAUCGCUCUGGCCUUGGGGCCCGAGCGGACUCGCGAGGAACUGAUUCCAUUCCUUGAUGACUCCGUCGAGGAUGAGGAUGAAGUUUUGACUGCACUGAGCGAAGAGCUGGGUAACUUUACAGAGUAUGUUGGUGGCUCGGAGUUCGGACACGUUCUCCUUUCUCCUCUGGAGAACUUGGCCGCCAUUGAGGAACCCUUGGUUCGAGAGAAGGCCGUGGAGUCUCUCAACAAGAUCGGCGAGCAGCUUUCCCAAAAGCAAAUCGAAGACUACUUCGUUCCCAUGGUGCUACGACUUUCAAAAGCCGACUGGUUCACCUCAAAGGUCUCCGCGACUGGCCUCUACUGUGCUCCGUACAGCAAGGCCCCCCAGACGCUGCAGCAAAGCCUCCGCCAAUACUUCGGAGGUCUCGUACACGAUGAAACGCCCAUGGUGAGAAGACAGGCAGCGAAUAACCUCGCCAAGUUUGUGAAGGAAUUGAACGCCCAAGUCGUGAUCGAGGAAAUGAUACCCCUGUUCCAAUACCUGGCCAACGACGACCAGGACAGCGUGCGUCUGCUCACGGUCGAUAUUCUCAUUGCGAUCGCCGAGGAGAUCCCGAAGGAGCAACAGCCCAGCCACGGUGUCUUGUUGACUUCUUUGCGGAACCUCUUCGAGGAUAAGAGCUGGCGGGUCAGGUACAUGGUUGCCGAUAGAUAUGAGAAGAUCGCUAAAGCCGUGCACGAGGAAGUUGUGACCCGGGAUAUGGUGCCUUCGUUCGUUAAGCUUCUGAAGGAUACCGAAGCUGAAGUCCGCACUGCGAUUGCGGGCCAAAUCCCCGGUUUCUGCAAUUUGAUUGAUCGGGAGACGCUGCUCAACGAAAUCAUGACCAGCGUGGAAGAUCUCGUUUCGGAUCCUUCUCAGCACGUGCGUGCGGCUUUGGGUACUCAAAUCAGUGGUCUUGCGCCCAUCCUCGGCAAGGACGAGACAAUCGCCCAUCUUCUUCCCAUGUUCCUCCAGAUGCUCAAGGACGAAUUCCCGGAUGUCCGUCUGCACAUCAUUUCUAAGUUGGAGCUAGUUAACAAGGUCAUUGGCAUUGAACUACUCUCCCAGUCGCUUCUCCCCGCCAUUGUUCAACUGGCUGAGGACAAGCAAUGGCGAGUUCGCCUCGCUAUCAUUGAGUAUAUUCCUCUGCUUGCUAGCCAGCUGGGAGUCAAAUUCUUCGACGAACAGCUCAGUGAUCUCUGCAUGGGGUGGCUUGGUGACACCGUUUUCUCCAUUCGAGAGGCCGCUACGCAAAAUCUGAGGAAGCUCACAGAAGUCUUCGGCGUUGACUGGGCCAAGGGAUCUAUCAUCCCCAAGGUCAUGGCUAUGGGACAGCACCCCAACUACCUGUACAGAAUGACAACGUGUUUCGCUAUCUCGACGCUCGCGCCCGUUGUCUCCCUGGAUAUCAUUGAAAACUCGAUUCUCCCCAUUAUGGACAGACUCGUGGCCGAUGAAAUCCCGAACAUCCGCUUCAACGUUGCCAAGUCCUACGCAGUAUUGAUUGACACCAUGCGCCGCCUGCCGGCGGAGGGAACCCUGACGGACCUGGAGAAGUCUGGCAAAACGGCCACUCAAUCGCCACGGAGCCAGGAUCUCAUUCAGCAGAGGGUUCUGCCGAGCCUAGAGAAGCUGCAACAGGAUGAGGAUGUUGAUGUCCGGUACUUUGCCACGACUGCCGCAGGCGGCCACGAGGAGGUGAUGCAGACUUCACCGUAA